GUGUCGAUGGACUUCCGGUUUCCGGUUUCUAGUGGGAAGCUCGUGGCUCGGCGUUAUAAGGUACGUCAGUGAAAAUAGCACGGGAUCCUGUCUCUAGGGAUACUUCUAACCUUAUUUACAAAAUGCGCUUUUAUUUUAUGCUUCGUUUUAAUUGGUGAAUCUGAUUAACGUUAUGAUCCAAUAAUGGGAUAAUAAUAGUUACAAUGGGAUACGUGCCGUGAUGCGUGAGUCGGGUGGAAAACAUUAUUUUGUUUUUUGUUUGAAGUUUAGAGAGAAGGAUAAAUAAGGAAAAUUAUAUGUGUGUAAAUGCAUGUUAUUUGUGGAGUCCUAGCGGACUGAAAUUAAAACUACAGGUAGUGAGAAAAAAAGAGAAACAUAUUGGAGGCUUUGAAAAAUGUUAUUCUGUCAAACUGUCAGUCGAUAAAAAUACGUCUAGGACUGAGAUUUUUUUUUCAAGAGACAAUCCCGUACCGAACUCCGUUGUGGAUAACUAUAAGUAUGCUGUGAAGAAGAAGAGUUGGUGUUGGUGGUAGACGUGCAUUAUAUCUGUAUGAGAAAAGUUUAUUUUGUGGCCGAAGAAGGGAUCGUACAGAUGAAUAAGAAAGAGAGAGAGAGAAGGGAUGAUGAUUAUGUUGGCGGUGGUACUGGAUAGAGAAAAGGUGAAAAAAAUUGUUGAGGAGUGAUACUAUGGCUUAAGGUACAAAAAUGUCUGUCCUUGGUUGCUCUUAUUGAGGAGGAAGAGAAACCGGAGAGAUAUUUCGCUUUGGGAAGUUUAAUAUACGCAGUGGUAAGGGCUGGUGGGUGCAGGCUGUUUCACCGAUCAAGAACCACCCUUAGUUAAAGUUUCUUGCCUAGUCUGCAUGAUUCAUGGUGCUGAGAGUGCUCUUCGUUCCGAGUGCCGAUACUCGUGUUCACUGCUGCGAUUAAUCACACUAAUCUUGGACACGAAAUGGCUUGUGAAAACAAUACGAGGUCUUCGAAAUCAUGCAAAUGUGCUAAUGGAUGGCACUAUAAACGUUUGAAUCCACGUAUUAAAAAAAAUCAUCCUCCAUUUAAUACUUCUACCACGUUGAGGAAAAAUCUCGGUCUACAUCCAAAAUUAUUCCCUGUUACGCAAGACUCUCCUGCUGUAGGAUUAUACAAUCCUUCCAGGAUUUCUUGUAGAAAGAAUACCAGGGAUUGGCAGAGGGAUGAAGAGUUAAAGGAAUUUUCUGCCACUAUGGGAGGACACUUGUUGGAGAAAUAUGUUUUUGAGAGAAAUUUACAAAAAACAGGACGUGGUCCUGGAACACACGAAAUUUCUCAAUGGCCAGACAACAUCCUUGAUAGAUCCUGCAAGACUAUAAAAGCUAACGUCGGCUUUGGGAUUACUCCGAGAUUCAAAAAAGAUGCUAGAAAAAAUAUGCCGGGUCCUGGAUAUCUAAGCGAUCUUUUCCGUUUCAAGAAUCACAAUCGGUUUAAAAAACAUUCUUCACUCCCUACAUUUGAAUUCGACGGCCUUAGAUCAAGAUUUCAAAAGAGUUUACAUUCCUGGUCUCUACCGUGCAAUUUAUAUAAUCCACGACAUCCUGACUGCCUUGAUAAUCUUUUAAGCAAGGUAGUAAGCAAAAGAGGGCCCUAUGAUCUUUUCACAGGAUGCAGAGAUUAUACUAGUGUCAAAGGAUACUUGGCAAUGCCCUCAACAAUUUAUAAUAAGGAUUGGCCAAUGGGAUUUUCUGGUGAAAUUGACAAACUACUUCACAAAUCUAAUUAUUUCAAAGGACUUUGGACACAUUGUCCUAGGUUUACCAAGAAACCAUUUACAAGGAUUAUGCUAAAUGAUCCUAGUCUCUGCUACAAGGAUCCUGAUCAACCAGGACCAGGUUAUUAUGAACCGCAACAAAUAAGUAAACCAAAAAAUGCCUUGAGAUAUCCUUUCGACAGUAAUAUACUGAAUGUUAGACCAUUGAGAUGUAAGGAAAUUUGUCCUGGGCCAGGUCGAUACCCUACGAAGGUUCCAAAAAAUAUCAAAGGAAAUGGAUGGAGUUGGGUUUUUAAGAGUAAAGCUCCAAGAACAAUUGUAGCUAAUGCUCGACAACCAUACAAUGAUUUUUGAAAUUUUUAUUUAGUAUUUACAGUAAAAAAAAACAUUACUCACAUUAUCUUUUUUCACUUUUGGCCUAUACGUAAUGGGUAUGGACAAGAUAGAUCCUGGUUCCAGAAUUUUUCCAGGAGGCAUAAAGA